CACUCAAUGAGUCAACUAUAAUUAGAGAGACACCAACCUCUGAUCAAUCUGUUCAAGCGUUCCUCCAAUAUCUCAUCUUUUAUCUCUGCCUAUACUUAUUGUCGAGCAAACAGAAAACCCCGGUUGAACAGCUGUGUUGGCUCAUGAUGCCCCAUCUAUCUACUGCGGUUGACGCCGCCAAUACUGGCACCAAAGACGCUGAGCAACUCAAUUUUCCCCUCAUCUCAAGAGACCACAUAUUGAACUGCUCAUAUGACUCGUGGUUUCCCGGGUACAAGAGCUCUUGUCUGAGGUCGAGGAUCAUCUCUCUGCCACCGGCCGUGGUGUCAUAUCUCCAAGAAGACGGCAUAAUCCUCGCUGACGAUGAGGCUGAGCAGCAUCCAGAAGAGGAAUGGCACUCUGAGGGCGCGAAAGGUUCCAGGGUGGAAGAGGUCUAUUCCUCAGAUGAGGAAGAUGAGGCAGAGAUCGAUUCCAGGCCGCCGAAUGAGAGGUUCCCCGAAACUCACCAGCUGAUCAAAGAUACAAUCGCUGAACUCGGAGGAGCCGUGGUUCCAAAACUCAACUGGUCGUCACCAAAGGACGCGAAAUGGGUCAACCCACACCAGAAUACACUUCGGUGCACUACACCCAGCGACAUAUACCUGCUACUCAAAUCCUCCUCUUUUGUUUCACACGAUCUGAACCAUGCUUUUGACGAUUGCGAUGACUCCCCCGCGAAACAACCUUUUGCGCCGGUCUUAGUCUUGAGGCCUUUUUUCAACCCCCAUAACGCUCUCGAGUUCAGGUGUUUCGUCAAGCACAGAGCGCUGAUUGGUAUCACCCAGAGGGACCUCAACCAUUACGACUUCUUGGCGGAUCUGAAACCCAACCUGUCAAGGAAGAUCAAGCACUUCUUCGACAGUGUCUUGCGCUUCACUUUCCCGGACUCGUGCUUCGUUUUCGAUGUCUAUGUUCCCGAGAAUGAUGAUGCCGAAGACGGGCUCGGCAAAGUCAGGCUGAUUGACAUCAACCCCUGGGCUCCAUCCACUGACAGUCUUCUGUUCUCAUGGAGAGAACUUUUGGAUCUCGAGGUGAAGAAGCCAAUCUACGGUUCACUCAGCCAAGAGGAGGUAUCAGGAAGCCCCAGCGAGGAAGAUAUCACUACUUCCGACGAGACUGAUGAGGAUGGCGCAGCUGGCCAGGGACAGAGUUUUGGCCAGCUAGAGUUUAGGCUCAUUGAGAAGAACGAUCCGGCCGCCUACAACUUCAGUGCGCCUCAAUACUCGGCUCACAAAUUGCCCAAGGAGGUCGUUGAUGCCAGUGCUGCCGGGGGAAGUGGUCUUCGAGACUUCCUGGCCCAGUGGAGGGUGCUGACAGAGGGGAAAGGCGAUGGGAUGUGGGAACAUGCUGAGGCUUCGGGUGGCACCAGUACAUAGUUUCGACCGGGUGUCAUAAGCGCAACGGCAAGUUCUCAAACUGUUACCUUUGCGAUACGAUUUAAGCCUCGAGCCGUGCGAAAUUAAAUCAGCCCUGCCAUAUUUCGACAUUGAAACCUUGGAUAUAAGAGCAACCACGGGGCGCAUUGUUGUCCUUUAAAAAGCACCCCCAGUCACGAAGCGAGUUGUAACUCGAGCAGACGCGUUCAGCUCAACACUCACUCACUCACCCAUCUAUUCAUUCGUUAUUUCGUCCAUUCGUUCAUCCAUCCAUUCAUUCUCAUAUCAUUUGGCCGCUGUCGGAAAGACUGAAUCCAGGAGUGCUUGGAGAUGUCAAGCUCCAACACCAACGGCCUGGCUA